AAGCCAAAUUGGGGUUGCAGGAGAGAAAAGUAAGAGCAAAUUGUAAUCAUUCAUCCCUGGAGAGACCAGAAAACCACAUCUGGUUUUUCCCAGGAACUCAAACUUUUCUAUCACCUGUCAUCCUAUGAAUUAUUAAUAUUUGCACAGGAGAAAUUUCAAAAAUGAUGAUGCAUUGUUUUUCGGGCUGCGUCUCAAAAGGAUCGAGGGUCCAUAAAAGAUCUUUGAGGAAGAGCUUUCAAGAAUUCAAGAAGCAUAAUAAAAAGCUCACCUCUUUUGCAAAUCUAUCAACCAGAACCGAUAGAAGCAAGAUAAGGUAUAUAUCGAAUGAAAUAGAGAAGCUUGGAAAAGGUAACAUCACUGCUCAAGUAUUCACCUACAAGGAGGUUUGUGCUGCCACUAAAAACUUCAGUCCUAGCAAUUUGAUAGGAGAAGGGGGUUUCGGGAGGGUCUACAAAGGCUACCUAGAAUCCAAAAAUAUGGACGUGGCAGUGAAGCAAUUGGACAGAAAUGGUUUCCAAGGAAAUAAAGAAUUUCUAGUGGAAGUGUUGGUGUUGAGCCUUCUUCAUCAUCCUAAUCUUGUCAAUUUGAUAGGAUAUUGUGCUGAAGGGAAUCACAGAGUUUUAGUUUAUGAAUACAUGCCUUAUGGCUCCUUGGAAGAUCAUCUCCUAAAUCUUAGUUCAGGCAAAAAGGCUUUGGACUGGAAUACAAGGAUGAAGAUUGCUCAAGGAGCUGCGAGGGGGCUAGAGUACUUGCACGAGCAGGCGAAUCCGCCAGUCAUAUACCGUGAUUUCAAGGCAUCCAAUAUACUCUUAGACUCCAGCUUCAACCCUAGACUUUCGGAUUUUGGGUUGGCUAAGCUAGGUCUCAUUAGUGAUGACAACCAUGUGACGACUAGGGUUAUGGGAACCUACGGCUAUUGUGCGCCCGAGUAUGCACAGACCGGGAGGCUCACUACAAAGUCAGACGUCUAUAGUUUUGGAGUCGUCUUCUUGGAGAUCAUCACGGGUAGGAGAGUCAUUGAUUUUGCACGGCCUCCCAACGAGCAAAACCUACUUGCUUGGGCGGAACCAUUGUUCAAGGACAAAAAGAAGUUCCAUUUGAUGGCGGAUCCAUUGCUUCAGGGUAACUAUCCUGAGAAAGCUCUUUUCCAAGCGCUUGCAGUGGCAGCAAUGUGCCUUAGUGAAGACGCUAACAUUAGGCCUAUAAUGAGUGAUGUGGUCACUGCUUUGGAAUAUUUGUGUGGACACAACAUCCAAGAACAAGAUCACAACCAUGAUGACGAUAACGAUGAUGAUGAAGAUGAUGAUGCAAGCGAUCACGGAGAUUAGGUAUGUCUAUUGCGCCAACACAUUCAGUUCGGAUCAGUUGGGUUGGAUUUUUUUCUAGAUGUGAAUUUUUCAACCUAACCCUCAUUUUCGAGCUAGCUUGCCAUUCCAAUGAGGAUCAUCGUAUACCAUCCAAAUAAUGUCAUUGUUGUAGGCCAUUUUUGUGAAAAAGGUUUUGUAGUGGCAGAAUCUUGCAGUUUUCUAUCAUUGAAUUAAUCUGUAAAUUUAGCAUACUAAGAGACCAUUAACAUUCUGUUUUGGGUUGUUGGUUUCACUUUUGUUUAAUUAUUUCAUAUGAAUGAUUGUAUUUCAGCGACA